AUGAGUUUGGAUAGUCAUUUACAUAAUCGAAUGGAUAAUCCCCAGACCUUACUUAUCGGAGAGUCUUCGAGUUUGGAGUACUUAACAUGGGCGCUUGCAGAAGCAAAAUGGCAGGUGACUGUGGUCCCAUUGAACGGGCAAAGAGCAGAGAUGCAAGAUAAGUGGUGGCAUCUAGUUGUAGAGACGGAAACGUUUGCAUACUUGCCGCACUUAAUUAUUGGGGACAUGCUGCAGCUUGCGACCGUCUUGGAGGAUACGGUCACCAUUAAGUUUGAUGUGGUUAUUGUAACAUACAAAUGUUACGAGGAGUUACAAAGCAAUGUAAUGGUGUUGGAGGGAAUGAUCGAUAAGAGUACGGUGUUUUUAGUGGACUCUAAUGAGGAUAUUUGGAUUGCUGCAAAAUUUAGAGACCUUUUCCCAGACAAUGUGGUGUUAUCUGUUUAUUCAGACGCCGAUUGUAGGAGUAUAAGUCACAAUUCGAACUGUUUCCGGUUGAUGAAUGAUCUUACGACCAUUAUGGUUGGGUUCACGUCAGAAAUAACAGAAGGGAUUUCAAUAGCGGCAGUCGACGGACACGGUCCAGCAGGCGAGACAUUGAUUCGGCUUAGAAAUGUAUUCAGUGACGAUCAUUUGCAGGGAAAAUUAGUGAUGUUGCCGGCAGAUUAUCAUAGACGUCUCUCGAAGAUAAUUUGGAAGAAUAUCGUUAGGGUGAUAUGUUUUGAAAGCUUAUCAAUAAUUUUUGAGGAGCCCGACAUAUUGUCGCUAGCCAAGCAAAUCAAUGUGGCACCAUUAAUGAAAGGCGUUUUCCAGGAAAUAUUGACAAUAUGCAAUUGCUUGAAGAUUAAAGGAUUGCCGUCGCCGUAUACGGAAAGUUCCAAAAAAUUAUUGCAGUCAUCAAUAUUAUUGGAAAGUAAUCAACGUAUGAAAAGAACCAUUGCUUGUACGAAUAACCCGGACGUAUAUCCCCAAUAUCUUGAUGCUACGAAAUUGUUUUAUGACUUUAGUCGGGGAAUAGAAAUCAAUAUCACAAGCCUCCUAUUAAAAUUAUUAAAAGUUUCAGAUGAAUUUUCUACCGAGACACCAUUCCUUGAAUCCACGUAUAGCUUUAUGAAUAGGUUAAUAACAAUACGAGACGGGAUUGAUAAUAACGGUAACUUAUGUCCAUCAAAAUUGUUUCAAGCCAAGACGAUUCUGAAUGAUUCUAAGACUAUCCGAGAAAUCAAUGGGAUCCCGCCAAACAAAAAUAUGAUGAAUUUUCCACCAUUCAACCCGCCACCAUUACCACAACCGCCAACCCAAAGUUUUUUCAACUCAAACCCGCUAGUCUUUAUGAGCGAAAUACACUCGCAUAAUAAUAUCGGCAACAACAAAAAAAGUAGCAAUAACAACAGAAACACACAUGAUUUAAGAAAGAAUGGUAUUCCAGAUGCUUUAAGUUCUGGGUUAGGUGACAUACCCCUUAGUAAUACAAAGUUACCUUACGAUAAGUAUUAUGAUGCAGAAACCCAACUAAACCAUAAGCAACAAACAGAAACAACGAUGUCCGAAACACCAAGUGCCAACUAUCCAUAUCCACGGAAUAAUACGUUAUCGCAUUCGCAUCACGAUCUACCUAUGCAUGGAAUACACAACCUACCACCCAAACAUCAAGCUGGAAUAAAUAGUAAUGCAUAUUACACGCAUCAAAACAGCCAAUACUAUCAAUCUGCUAAUCCUAACUGUUAUCCACAUCAACAAUAUCAGAAGCCUAUGUAUCAGCCAUACAAUUCCUCAUUGUCAAGCUUUGCAACACUUUCUAAUACUUCUCAAGGAACAAACUAUCCGAACGGCAAUGUAAGCAAUGAGUUUGUUAACAGACAUGGCAGCUUUAAUAUUCCCAAGAAAAGACAAACGUUUUUUCAUGCAUCGAUUCCAAUAACUCGGAAAACUAGUUCUCAAAAAUUACGUCAAUCUCACGCAAGCCUUUUGGAUAUGGUCCAGUUUGAUGAUUUAAUGGACAAAACUACAUCAAGCAGAUAUGGUGUUGAGCUAGACACCUCAUCGACCGUUUUAAAUAGCGCCAAUAAUAGCAGAGGAAGUAAAGCUAGCUCAUCAAGAACAAGUUCCAAAUUGCAAUCACCUCAAAUUCAGCCAGUGGCUAACGGCCAUGUCAAUAUUAAGAACAACAUAGAUGACGGCAAUAUCAGAAAUGCAGAUACAUAUAAUGGUAAACCUAGAAAGUAA